UACCAUUCCUACGGAGAAGAAAGACUGACUGGUGAGUGGAUCGGUUACUCACCCGCUUCCCCAUGGACCUUCUUCCUCAGACCCUCUCAGGUGCGUUACCCUUCACCCUGGUUUAGGGUUAGGGUUUCUGAAAUUACUUUCUCCAAUUUCUCCCUCUCUUUGCGUCCCGAGCUUUUCUGGUUUCUCUACAAUGGAAGAACCAUCUUCUUCUUCCUCCUCCUCAUCUUCUUCUCACGGUGCUUUCAUCAGUAGGGACACUUCAGGUGCUGCUGCGACGUCGUCUUCGAGCGCUUCGCAGGUCCGCGAAGAGGAGGACGAUCACAAUCAGUAUCAGCAGCACACCGAUUUUCGGCAUCCGGAGGUAGAAACCCACGAAAUCGGCACUUCUUAUGGAGCAAACCUAUCGCCAUUCGAUGAGGUGUCAACAAUCAUUCGGGACGACACUUGGUCCUGCAUCAUCGUCCUCCUCACCUUCUGGUUCUUUGUUUCGAUGACUUUGAUUUUGGGAGUGUAUGGGUCUUCAAGUUUAGAGCUAGGCCCUAAUAGUUCAAUUCUUCUGCAACCUAACUCCAUAUUUGUGCAGUCUGUAAAGGUAGAAGAGCUGAAUAUAUCAAGUCCUGGUCCUGUACUAUAUGGUUUCUAUCAUACUCCUCCUCUUGAUACUGAGACAACUUGGUCAGAAACGCAUACUGUCUCCGUUCCAGCUGAUUCUCAUCAGGAGUGGAUAUAUUUCCUAAAUGGCGGGUCUCAAAUAAGUAUAUCAUACAGCGUGUACUCCUCUGUUUUUCUUAUUAUCGCUCAAG